AUGAGCAGCGCCCGCAGCGACCGCCGCCCGCCGGCCAGCGCCGCCCCGCCGCCGCUGCCGCCGCCCCGGAGCCACGCCGCCAGCCCCCCGCCCGCGUCGCGCAUCUCCGCGUACGCGCGGCUCGACUUUGCCCACUACACGUUCUUCGUGCAGACGCUCCAGGUGGUGUUGGGCCGCAAGGCCGGCGCGGAGCUGGCGCCGGCGUUCCCCCACUCCGUGGACGUGCACCUCGGCGCCAAGAAGGCCAUUCUGCGGCGCCACGCCAAGAUCUUCUACAACUUCGGCACGCAGCGCUUCGAGGUGCUGGUGCUCGGGCGCAACGGCGCGUUCGUCGACGAGCGCUUCGUGGCCAAGGGCCUCACGGUGCCGUUGCACGACCGCACCAAGAUCCAGAUCGCCGACAUGGCCUUCACGUUCGUGUUGCCUUCCGUGGACCCGGCGGACGCGGCCGCGGCCGCGGCCGGCGCGCCGCCGGCCCAGCUCUUUAACCCGGCGGACGCGCUCAACUUGCGCAGCAACUUGUACCUGGGCGCGGCGCGCCGCGACUCCAAGGCCGAGCUCGUGCGCCGGCUCUCGGUGGCGCGCCGCAAGUCCUUGGCGUCCUCGCUGAACGACGAGAUCAGCGCGCUUUUGCGGGAGCUCGAGACGUGGCACGGCGACGCGGCGCCGGCGCCGGCGCCGUUUCCGCGUGACGAUGAGAUCAACGAGAUCAACGAGAUCAACGAGAUCAACGAGAUCAACGAGAUCGACGAGAUCGACGAGAUCGACGCGCUUGUCCACCAGCACAGCCUCGGCGGCGCCGAAGCCGCGGCUCCGCCGGACGGCGCAGGCUCGGUGCUGCGCGGCCCUCCACGACCGGCCGCGCCAGCGACGCGUGGUCCUUCCGUGGGUCCUUCCGUGGGUCCUUCCGUGGGUCCUUCCGUGGGCGACCCGCUCGGCCCGCCGGGCCACGCCGCGCCGCUCGCCGCCACCGCCCUGCCGCCGCACCCCUCCGGCUACGCCGUCACCGCCGCGCCCGGCUACUCGGGCUACGCGGCCUACGCCACGCCCUACGGCGCCGCGGCCCGCCCGCCGCCGCCGCGGCUCCAGGUCGCCGUGGCCACCAUCGCCCACGUGCACGUGCGCAGCCUGUUCCGCCCGCUCCGCGCCAUCAAGACCCACGCGGGCGCCCCGCGCCCGGCCGCCGUGUGCGUGCCCAAAGCCACGCGGCCGCCCGCCUCGCGGCCCAAGGAGCCCGUGCGCCGCCGCGACGCGGCCGGGCGUCGCCCGCCACGCCCGCCCGCGCCCAAGGACGUGCCGGACCAGCACCGCGCCAAGCCCGCGGUGGCCGUCCUGGCGUUGGUGGCCAGCGCGUUGCGCGGCGGGCCCGCGGCGCCGCACGGCCGCACGCUCGCGGAGAUCCUCGACCGCAUCAGGGACCUCUACCCGUACUUCCGCUUCUGCCCGGACGGCUGGCAGUUCCCGGUGGCGCACAGCGUGCGCCUCCACCGGAUGUUUGUCGCCGUGGCCACGCCGCCCGCGCGGGCCGACUGGCGCUACGCCGUCGACCACGCGUACCUUGCGGAGCGCGACCGCGUGCGCCGCCGCCAGCAGGAGACUGCCGUGGCCCGGGCCAAGGACGCGGCGCUCCGUGCCGCGGACUUCCGCGUGCGCCCGGCGGGCACCCCGUACGGCGGCCCCGGCGGGCCCCUGGCGGGCGCCGGGUUGCAGCGGCCGCGGGGCAUGGCGGACUUCGCCGGCGACACGCGGCGCGACGGGCCCCACGGCAAGGCCGCGCCGUUCUUCCAGCGCCGGCCCGCGGACUUCCGCCCGCCGGACGCGGAGCGGUUCCAGGCCACGAUCAAGGACCAGCUCGCGGCGAACCGCGCCAAGGCGGCGCCGUCGCUCGGCGCGCCCACCGCGGUGCGGCAGCUCGGGAAGCCGCCCAGCUCCAUGGGCGCUGUGCACGCGAAGGCCCGCGUGCCGGGCCUGGCCCUGGCGCCCGCGCCGCCGGCGAUGAGCGGCGACACCAAGAGGUCCUUGGGCUACUUGCAGAAGGAGUUGUUCACGCUCUACAAGGCGCGCAGCCUCACGUACAACACGGGCGUGACCACGGAGAUCAUCACCAAGGCGUUGGCCACCACCAUCGCGCAGGUCAACACCAUUGGCGCCAAGGCCGGCUGCGGCGACAACGCGUUGAGCUUCUUGGUGGAGAAGGCGCCGCAGCAGGUCAGCAAGAUCUUGGACAUUGCCUUGACCAAGUCCAUCAAGGAGACGCAGGCGGCCGGGCUGCCCGGCGGCACGCCGCCGUCCGCGGGCUCCGGCCCGCCCAAGCCGUCCUCCGGGGGCACGGCGCCGCCCGCGGCUGCGUCCCCCAAGGUCCCUGGCCCGCCGCGUGCGCCGUACGUGGGGCUCUCGAAGCCACAGAGCUUCUCCAAGCCUGCCACGUUUGCCCGCCCGCUGCACUCCGCGGCCAGUAGGCCUCGGCCCGACAAGCGGCCCGCCGAGGACGCGGACGCCGGCGUCAGGAAGAGCCCGCGGCCCGACGCCUCCAGUGGGGGGAGCUGA